AAUAAAAUCAUAGAAUAAAAUAAUAAAAGUGAUUGAAGAGACAUCUAUAGGUGAUCAACUACAUCAAACUGAGUUUGUCUGGAAUCGGCCAUUUCUUGUUCUUUCGGAAAACUAAAAAAACGUGAAACAUGGGUCGUAUGCACGCUCCUGGUAAGGGUAUUUCCCAAUCAGCACUUCCAUACAGACGAAGUGUACCAACAUGGUUAAAAUUAAGUGCCGGUGAUGUCAAAGAUACAAUCUUCAAAUAUGGCAAAAAAGGUUUAACCCCAUCACAAAUUGGUGUAAUUCUUCGAGAUUCAUAUGGAGUUGCUCAAGUACGUUUCGUUACUGGUAACAAAAUUUUACGAAUAAUGAAGGCAAUGGGUUUAGCACCAGAUCUACCUGAAGAUUUAUACUAUUUAAUUAAGAAAGCUGUUGCUAUUCGUAAACAUUUGGAAAGAAAUCGUAAAGAUAAAGACAGUAAAUUCCGUUUGAUUUUAGUUGAAUCACGUAUUCAUCGAUUGGCACGAUACUACAAAACAAAGAGUGUACUUGCACCAAAUUGGAAAUACGAAUCAAGCACAGCUUCUGCUCUUGUCGCUUAAUUAUGUAUUAUUAUAUAUUAUAAACUUUCAAUAAACAAAUUUUUUUUUUUGAUUAA